CGUUGCAGAGUAGAAUAUCCUAAAACCCCUAAACCCUAUCCAUCAAGUAUCAACAACAGCAUCAAUCAACGACCGCAUCGAUCAAACCAGAAUUUCCAUUUCAAUGGCAAUUUCGACCUUAAAAUUAGUCUGCAAACCCAAUCUUCUUCAUCUUCGUCCUAUCCCAUCCCAAUGUGUCCGCAAGGUUGUACCAAGAUCCGUACCUUCUGUUGAGCCAGAGGAGUGUAAUAGAAGCUCAAAUCUAAAACAAGUAAAUAAGAAGGCACCGGCAUGGAAGAAGAUGAAUUCAAAAGAGCUUGGAUUUCGAAAUUCCAUGAUUGCUAGUCCAAUUAAAAAGGUUCUCAACAUGUUGAAGAAAAAGGGGUAUAAUGUUUACCUUGUAGGAGGUUGUGUCCGGGACAUGAUACUAAGGCAAACACCAAAAGAUUUUGAUAUUUUAACUUCAGCGGAUCUUAAAGAGGUGAUGAGAACAUUUUCAUGGUGUGAGAUAGUUGGUAAAAGGUUCCCAAUAUGUCACGUUCAUAUGGAUGGUAUCAUCGUUGAGGUUUCAAGUUUUAACACUGCCAAACGCAAGCCUGGCAGACACUUCGCUCAUGAUAUUGAGGCACCCAAGGGAUUUGACAAGGAGGACUAUCUUCGUUGGAGGAAUUGUGUGAAUAGAGAUUUUACAAUUAACGGGUUCAUGUUUGAUCCAUUUGCAAAAAUUGUAUAUGAUUACAUGGGAGGAAUGGAAGAUAUUAUAAAAGCUAAAGUCCGAACUAUGGUUCCUGCAGCUACUUCUUUUCAAGAGGAUUGUGCUCGCAUUCUUCGUGCAAUUAGAAUUGCUGCUCGCUUGGGGUUUAGUAUUUCAACUGAAACCGCUCGUUCUGUUAAACAUCUUUCAUAUUCAAUAUUAAGACUUGAUAAGGGUAGGCUCCUGAUGGAAAUGAAUUAUAUGCUAGCAUAUGGAUCUGGUGAGGCUUCUUUGAGGCUAUUAUGGAAAUUUGGACUUCUAGAUAUUCUUCUUCCCUUUCAGGCUCUUUACUUUGUUCGUCAUGGAUUUCGAAGACGGGACAAAAGAACCAAUAUGCUUUUGUCUUUGUUCUUCAAUUUGGAUAAACUUUUGGCUCCUAACAGUCCGUGUCAUAGCAGCUUAUGGGUUGGUAUCCUUGCAUUGCAUAAAUCUUUAAGUGAUCAACCGAGGAAUCCCUUGGUGAUUGCUGCAUUUAGCCUUGCUGUUCAUAAUGGUGGAAAUUUGUUGGAAGCAGUAGACAUAGCUAGGAGGAUAAACAAACCACACGACAUCAGAUUUCCUGAAUUAUCAGAUCCUUGCGAUCUGAAUGCAAAGGCUUUGGAAAAUGAGAUUCUGGAUCUUGUAGAGUCUGUUAAAGUGUCACUGUUGCAGAUGACAUCUAGGCACUCGGUAGCUCGAGCUAUGGUUGACUAUCCACAAGCCCCUCAUUCAGACAUGGUGUUCAUCCCAUUAGGAAUGUACCUAAAAGCUCUAAGCAUUUUUGACUGUCUGAAAGUAAGUUCUUGCAAGAAAUUCUUGUCCAAGAAAAGCAGAAAAAUUGAUUACGAAUCCUUAGCUCGUGGUGACCUGCCAGAAAUACGACACUUGUUUGCAAGGGUUGUAUUUGACACUGUAUAUCCACUACACCUUGGUCAGUCCUAAAUGACCAUUGAAUUUUCAGGACACUAGUUUGAAGUUUUAAUAUAGAGAGAAAAUUGAUACUGCAAUAAGCAUUCAAUCAUAGGGGAACGGCUAGUCGAAUGAAAUUUGGAACAAAGUGCGGUGAAGCUAAGAUUCCAGCAUCUGACAUUUGAGUGGUAUUUGUAGAAUCACCAACGUCUCCUGACUCUAAUAUUGAGCUCAAGCCCUUAAUCAACAACAGCUUCUGGGUGGGACUUACCAUGUUAUAACUUGAAAAAUAAAAUAGUUGGCGGGAAAAAAAAUUAUUAAAGAGGAAACUUAUCCAUCCCCAACAAAAUUCACCUAUUUAUUUUUUGUUCCAA